CCUGCGGUCACAAAACGCAAGCGCGAUGUGGGCGACAUGACAGCAGCCGUCGAAGCAUGGACUGCUAUGCGGAAACUCAAGCACGAAGAUCUGCUCAAUCCCGAUAAGGAAGAACAUCUGCCACGAGACUUCUGGUUCAUCCUCGAUGACACACAGGCAUUAGAUGUCGACACUUGGAACCAAUCGUUACAAAUCCGCUCCGCCGCUGCUCACCAACUGGAUAUCUUUCUACAAGGCUGUAAGGUCUUGUGGGGAGUUUCUCCAGAGGCUGAGCUAGACGAAGAGAAACUGCAUGACUCUGUCGGGAGUGCCUGCUGUGAGGAGGGGCUGAGUGAGAGAGCUCUGAGGACAUACAUGAGAAGCUCAGUUCUAGGUGCAGUUAUUGGCCAAUUUAAGGAGCGGCAGCGUGAUUCAAGUCGCUGUGCCAUUCUGAAUGACUGCUACAAACUUGUGGCCUGCGAUAAGGAAUGGAAGGCUCUCCAGACCCAAGGAAAGGCCAAGCCCCAAGAGAUGCUUGAAAUGAUGAAAGUCGAAGACGCCGUGGAGCUGCUUGAAGAUGGAUGAGGAGGAUUGGCAAACGGUACUGGUUUUCUUUGAGGAGCAUCGCAUCAUCAGUUCCAUCGAGCGGGAUAUUAGGAAGCAUCUCAGAGUUUCUCAGCAGUGUCACCGCCUGAGUGAGAUGACGGAUAUAGAUCCUCGUUAUACACUGUCUAGAGGCAAGUUCUGUACACCUUACAUUGAGGAGCUCUACAUCGACGUUUUCCGUGAAAAGGAAGCAACUUUUGCCAAGGCUCGGGGUGGUGACUAUUGUGAAGUGGUGAUGAAGGAGCCUGUUACCAACUGGGCGGAAAUAGGCUGGAUAUGCGAGUGACUUUUCACGGACGUGGUAUCCAGGCUGGGAAUAAGGAUUGCUCCCUACUUGGACAUAUCCACAGUGAAAGCUGAACGCUUCAGGACUGCUCCAAACCUGUUGAAGGAGCUGCCUGCUCGUGGCUACGGCAUUGUGUUUUUCCCCACCAAGUUCAACUUUGGAGACAUUGACGGGGCUGUAGUAUACAGGGACAUGGCUGGCCAGCUUCAUUUGAUGGCGCUGCAGGUCACCACCAGCUUAGACAAGCACUUGCAUUCUGCAGACAGGUUUAUGAGCAUUCAAGUGAUCGACCAGUGGACUUGAAGGAAUGGAAGCUGCACUUCGCCUUUAUAUGCCUGACGAGCAAAGAUGAAGAUCCCAAGGGUGGCAGUAUUAAUCAGCACCGCAGUGGAGCAUGCUUCGGGUCCUGGCGUAUACGCUGCACAUCAGGUCCUUUGAAGAUGCCCUAGCUGCGUUGCCGACCAAGGAACUCAAUCUCUUGCGCGAUAUUGCACUCAAUAGGGAGGAACACUACACCACACUUGCUGGCUGUCCCCCAGUUCCAGAUGUGUCUGCAGCGGCUGCAACAGUGCGACUGUCGCUUAUGGACCUCAAGAAUCUCAAAAAGCCACAGCUCAAUGCCAUUGCCAUUUCAGCUGGAAUGGAUCCUGACUAGUAUAGGAACAUGAAGUUGCUAGCUGCAGCCAUGCAAGCUAAGGGCGUGAUCGUUGUUGAUCGUCUUUGAUAGCUCUUUCAAUCAGCCUAAAAACAAACAAAUGAUCA